AUGCGAUUGUAUUCCCCGUCAUUCAGCGCCCAGCGCGCCGCAAUAGCGGAAGAUGUGCUGCCGCUGAGCAAGCCGUACAUCGACUGCCAAGGCGUCCGACAUGACAGUCUUCCGAUCCGCAAGGGUCAAGUUUUUACUAUUCCGGUCCUGGCAAUCAACACUAGCAAGGAGCUUUGGGGAGAGGAUGCGCUCGAGUUCAGACCCAACCGCUGGGACAAUCUCCCGGAAGCUGUGCAUGCCAUUCCCGGGGUCUGGGCGCACCAGCUGACUUUCCUCGCUGGCGCGCACAGCUGCAUGGGUUUCCGCUUCACCAUUAUCGAGCAAAAGGCAAUCCUUUUCAGCCUGUUGCGCAACUUCAUCUUCUUCCCUGCUUCGGACGACGUCAAGCCCACAAUUAGUGCAACGUUCCAGCGUCCUGUCUCAUACGUUUCGCGGAGUGGCCAGGCUGGUCUGGUUUUGGCCGGCGGUCUGCGUAUGGGAAUCAAGUCAUACAAGGGUGGAGUCCAUGCUUGA